UCACGCCAUCUCACCUCUAAUUUCAUUAGGGUUAAAAAAAAAAACAAGUUUGUACUUGACAAGUACGGCGUAUAUCGUAUCACAUCCAAGGCGAAGAACUCAAGACCCCGCCAAUCGCAGCCGUGUCCGAUGCAGAGGCGAUCCGCAGGAUUGAACCCGGAAUCCGGUGGAGUCCCGGCGAGGAUGUGAUGUGCGCACUGGCCCGUCUCCGCUGGUCGAUAUAAACUCGUGCCCCCGUCUUUUCGCCACUUUCCCGCUGUCCACCGUGCUGUCCACCGUCCGCCUCGUCUCCAUCACCAUCACCAUCCCCAUCCGUAGAACUGCAAUCCUCCAGAGAAGCCAAUAACUUGGCCUGGAAAAGCGGCAAUCAUAGUGGAACGUUUCCCACGGAGCACGACUGUGGGGCAAUACUGGAAAGAGCCUGGAAUAUUGUUUUCCAGGAGAGAUUUUGGCUAUCUUGGCAGAGAACCUGCAACUGGAUAAUCCUGGGAUGAUAUCACGAACCAAUGGAAUAUUGGUAGACCCCUGAAACUAAAGAAGCCAUCAGGAACUCGAAAAAUCUUGGCAGAUCACCUGAAUCUUGAAUAUCUCGAUAAGGUAUCACCGGAACCCCCUAUAUCUUGGCAAAGAAACCAGCAUCUAGUAAAAGUCAGGAACUACCACUUCGAAGAAAAAUAUAACAAUAAUCUUGGAAUUAGGAAAUUGAAAAUAAAUUAUUAACUUGAGGAUUCGUGGAAGGAUACCAGAAACUAAGGAAUCAUAUUAAGUAAUAAAGAACGCCAGAACCUUAAAUGCCAAGAUAUCUAACAAAAUGGCACCGAAAACCCGCGGAAUCUUGGCCUGAAACUUGAAACUAAGCAAUAUAAGGAGAAAGUCUGAAGUCCCAGAAAAGUCUUCUAGAAUAACUAAAUAUUAAGACAUUAAAGAUGUCUUAAAGGAAAGUUGAAACAAAAAAGUCUUGAAUGGAAAGAGGAAACUGAGGAAUACCCGAAAGAAAUCUUAACUAACAACACUUAAAGGAACCUGAAACACACAGUCCGAAACGGAGCCAUCUUAAGCACUGAUCUUCGAUCCCGACAGCUGGAAAACAGGAAGCUGCGUCUGAAGACAAAGGCAGGAUCAUCAGGAUCCUUAGAAUCCCAGGGAGAUGGCCACCGCAUCGGUGGACGCACUGCAGGCAGCCUAUGUGGACUUCAGCGAGCUAACACUCAGAGAGAAAGUCGGCCAUGGGUCCUACGGGGUUGUCUGCAAGGCCGUAUGGCGCGAUAAGUUGGUGGCCGUCAAGGAGUUCUUCGCCAGCGCCGAGCAGAAGGACAUCGAGAAGGAGGUGAAGCAGCUGUCGCGUGUCAAGCACGUGAACAUCAUCGCCCUGCACGGGAUCUCCUCGUACCAGCAGGCCACCUACCUGAUCAUGGAGUACGCCGAGGGCGGAUCGCUCCACAACUUCCUACACGGCAAGGUGAAGCCGGCCUACUCCCUGGCCCACGCCAUGAGUUGGGCGCGCCAGUGUGCGGAGGGCCUGGCUUAUUUGCACGCCAUGACACCAAAGCCCCUGAUCCAUCGCGAUGUGAAGCCGCUGAACCUGCUGCUGACCAACAAGGGACGCAAUCUGAAGAUCUGCGAUUUCGGCACUGUGGCCGACAAGUCCACCAUGAUGACCAACAAUCGCGGCAGUGCCGCUUGGAUGGCUCCGGAGGUCUUCGAGGGCUCCAAAUAUACGGAGAAAUGCGACAUCUUUAGCUGGGCCAUUGUGUUGUGGGAGGUCCUGUCCAGGAAGCAGCCGUUCAAGGGCAUCGACAAUGCCUACACCAUCCAAUGGAAGAUUUACAAGGGAGAACGUCCACCGCUGCUGACGACCUGUCCCAAGCGCAUUGAGGAGCUGAUGACUGCCUGCUGGAAAACUGCGCCCGAGGACCGCCCCUCAAUGCAGUACAUUGUGGGCGUCAUGCACGAGAUCGUCAAAGACUAUACCGGGGCGGACAAGGCCCUGGAAUACACAUUUGUUAAUCAACAGAUUGUCACCAAAGAGAGCGACGGCACGGUGGCCGCUCAAUCGGAUAGCCUCAGUUCGCUGGAGGAGGAACUGAGCCCCUCGUCCACACAGUUAACACCGACAACGGCGGCCAACGCCAAUGUGAAUGCGAUAGGAAUAAUAGAAACAGCAACAGCAAUAGAAACAACGACUAGCUCAAUGACCGAAAAUACCUCAUCAACAUCAUCGGACAUCACGCCGACGAAUUCGGGCCAACUUGACAAUAAUCCGCUAUUCCAUAUGGUCAGCAAUCGCUGGGACGCGAUCCCCGAGGAGGAUAGCAACGAGAGCCGCAACGACAGCUUCAACCUCACCUCGUCGGCGGAGGCCACCCAGCGCCUCGAGACGAUCCGCAACGGGAUGAUCCAGAUGGCCUGCAAGCCCAUGGAGCAGCUAACACUCGACGUGGAGGCGAAUGGCUUCGAUCUGAGUCGCAGCGAGAGCAGCAGCAGCAGCACGCACGCCAAAAGCGAUGGCCGCGAGCGACUCACGGUGACGGACACCAAGCCGGUGAUCAUGACCACAGAUUUGGCCAACAACAACAGCCAAUCGAACGGACUGCUGAGCCAUGCCAAUCAUGCCAAUGGGCGUCAGUCGGCGGACGAGGAGCAUCAUGAUCCGGAUGAGGAGAUCGCCAACUCGCUGGACGUCGCCGUGGACCCGGACGACGAGGAUGAAAACGACGGCACCGAGCAAUCACUGGCCGAGAUCCUCGAUCCGGAACUGCAGCCAGAGCCACCGAUCCCCAACAAUGCCGAGUCGCAGCUGAUCUACCGGGAGCACCGGCACAUGGCCAAGGAGUACCUCAGCGUCGAUACGAACCUCUACUACGCGCAGGACUUUAAGGACAAGCUCAUCGUCCAGAUGGAUCGCACCGAGCGCGAACAGAAACAGGAGCUGCUGCGCAAGAUUAAGGACAAGGAGGGCCUUCAGAGUCUGUACAACAAUCUGCAGCAGCAGUACGAAAGGCUACCGGCCUCCCGCCAACUUCCAGCCGGCCAUCAUCCCCAUCCGCACACACAUCCGCAUCCGCAUCCGCACCCACAUCCUCAUCCACAUCCUCAUGCACAUCAACAUCCACUUCCACAUCCGCACCCCCAUCCGCAUCCGCAUACACAUCCGCAUGUGCAUGGCCAGCAGGAGGAGAUUGGAGGAUUGCUGCCCGGAUCGGUGACCGGAGGCUCCGAUUCCGUGGAAACCGACGGCUGGGUGGUCAUCCAGCCGCAUCCCAAUGCGUAGUCUCCUCAUCCGGAUCGACUCUCUAUAUGUUUUAGGCUAGUGCUGUAAUCUGUAAACUGUACUCUGUAAUCUUUAAUCUGUAAUCCGUAUUCUGUAAUCUGUAAACCGUAAUCUGUUAACCGUAAUCCGUAAUCGGUAACUGUAUCUGUAUCGUUAUACCAUAGCACAGUGUUUAUUUCCAUAUUUCAGAUGCGUUUGUUCGUUUUAAGCUCUUUUUUUUUUUUUUAAAUUUAAGUCUAAGCGUUUUUAGUCCGUGUGUUUCGAUUUAUUUGGCAAACACUAGUUUUCACCCAUAAGCAUUCUUUGAAACUUAAUUUAGGUUUUAAUUGUACUAUAAAGCUUAUAUACAUACACACAUACUUAGCAUACAACAUAUAUAUAUAUAUCUGUCCGAGGAAGCUGACAAGGAGUAGACCAAAAAAAAUAUAAAAACCAUCGAAAGCAA